AUGGCCAAGACAUUCAGCAAGGACGACGUGGCCACGCACAAUAAGGCCGAUAAUCUUUGGAUUAUCGUCGACGAAGACGUUUACGACUUGACCAAAUUCCAGGACGACCAUCCAGGUGGAAAGAAGAUUCUUACAAGAGUCGCCGGGAAGGACGCGUCGAAACAAUUCUGGAAAUAUCACAAUGAGGGAAUUCUGAAGAAGUACAAGUCGCAGCUGCAAGUUGGAUCUUUGGACUCCAAGAAGGCUGUGGAAGCACCUGCCCCCGCCGAGAAGGAGGCACCCAAGCCUCAGUCAGCACCAGUUGUCGAUGUCGCGACAGCAAAGUCAGAAGAAGCUCAGGAGCCUUAUGGUGACUUGAUUCCCUUCGCUGACCCAGCAUGGUACCAGGGGUACCACUCCGCCUACUUCAACCAGACCCACGCUGCCCUCCGUGAGGAAGUUCGGGCAUAUGUUGAGUCUGAAAUCGCGCCGUAUGUGACUGAGUGGGAUGAGGCCAAGGAGGUUCCCGCCAAGAUCUACAAGCAAAUGGGUGAGCGGGGUUAUCUCGCCGGCCUCCUCGGUGGCAAGUAUCCCGUGCAGUAUACCCCAUACCGGGUGCAGUCUGUCGCUCCCGAGAACUGGGAUCUCUUCCACGAGAUGCUCCUGACAGAUGAACUCUCUCGCGCUGGAAGUGGUGGUCUGGUCUGGAACUUGCUCGGUGGUUUCGGCAUUGGCUGUCCUCCGCUGGUGAAGUAUGGAAAGAAGGCGCUUGUUGACAGGAUCCUACCCGGAAUUCUUGCGGGAGACAAGCGUAUCUGUCUUGCCAUUACUGAGCCCGACGCUGGUAGUGAUGUCGCCAACCUUGGCUGCGAAGCCAAGCUUUCUGAAGACGGCAAGCACUACAUCGUUAACGGUGAGAAGAAGUGGAUCACCAACGGUGUCUGGUCCGACUAUUUCACGACUGCUGUUCGUACCGGCGGGCCCGGAAUGAACGGUCUUAGUGUUCUCCUUAUCGAGAGAGAGGCCGGCGGUGUCAGCACUCGGCGUAUGGACUGCCAGGGUGUCUGGAGCAGCGGCACCACGUACGUGACAUUUGAAGAUGUUAAGGUCCCCGUGGAGAACCUCAUCGGCAAGGAGAACCAGGGAUUCAAGGUGAUCAUGACCAACUUCAACCACGAGCGAAUUGGUAUCAUCAUCCAAUGUGUUCGAUUCUCGCGUGUUUGCUAUGAGGAAUCAGUGAAAUACGCCCACAAGCGCCGAACUUUCGGCCAAAAACUUGCCAACCACCCGGUAAUCCGUAUGAAGCUCGCCCACAUGGCUCGUCAAAUCGAGGCCACUCACAACUGGCUUGAGAACAUCAUCUACCAGUGCCAGUCGAUGGACGAGACCGAGGCGAUGCUCAAGCUCGGCGGCGCCAUUGCCGGCCUCAAGGCUCAGUCCACGACAACCUUCGAGUACUGCGCCCGCGAAGCUAGUCAGAUCUUCGGUGGGUUGAGUUAUAGCCGUGGCGGCCAGGGUGGUAAGGUCGAACGACUGUACCGUGACGUGCGCGCCUACGCUAUCCCCGGUGGAAGUGAGGAGAUCAUGUUGGAUCUCAGCAUGCGCCAGAGUCUCCGUGUGCACCAGAUGUUUGGCAUGAAGCUGUAA